AUGGCGACCAACGACCCAGAUUGCAGAAUUAUCCUCGACGAACCCAAUCGAGUCUAUACAGCCGGCGACAUCGUUCUCGGACAUGUGUUGCUCGAAGUAGGCCGGCGACAAGAAUCCUGUAUAGUCGCCGUAACCAUCUACGGCCGCACCAAGACGAGAUUACACGCCAAGGAAUCCGCCGAAGCCCACCGCGACCGGUGCCUACUCUUCCCAGAGUCCCAGAUCCUGCGCACGCCCGAGAACGGCAUCCCGCUCAGCCGCCACACUCUCUCCUUCUCUCUUGUCUUCCCCUCCGAGACCUCAGCGUCCCAGACCUGCUACCUGAACGCCCCUCUCGCCUUCAACCUACGUCUAAAACACGACCUCGAGCGCUCCACCGCCCUCGGCCGCGCCACGCACACGGCAGAUUCGCCGACUACGACGACUACGCCGAGGACUGUGUCUGGAAAGCCUCCUCCUCCGACGCCGAGCUUGCUGGCCCUGGGCCCCUUCAGCAAGGCUGAGGAUUGGAGUAAGGUUGUGCUGCUCAGGCUGCCUGAGAAGGGGGCUAGCCCGAGCCUCAAGGCGUAUCGUCUUAAGAGGAGUUAUCAAUUGAAGAUUAUAGUGGUGGUUGGGGCGGCGGAGAAGGAGUUGGAGGUUAAGACGGGACUGCCGGUUGUAGUCAAGGGGCAGUGGAGGGAGGGGAGGGUAGAGGAGGCGGCUGAGAGCGCGGGGAGGGGGGAGGUGGGGGAGGCGCCGCCGUCGUAUCGAGAGGCUACUACUGCUUGGUGA